UUUGUUAAUUUUAUAAGCGUUGGAGUAAAUGAUAUCGAAUAUUUUUAAGGUAAACGGAAUGGAAAAUUUUGGCCUUUUAAAUGUCCGAGAAGCGGUUAAUUUCCAAAAUAAUUUUUGUAACUUCCUUUUUAAUCAGCUUUCAGUUGUGGCCUUUAGAUAACGAUACUGAACAAAAUAUUAAAAGAUUCGAAAAAACUUUAUUUCAUGAAAUGGCCCACCAAUGGUUUGGAAAUUUAGUUACUAUGAAAUGGUGGGAUUCCAUUUGGUUGGCAGAAUCAUUGAGUACAUUUAUGGCUUCACAACGCCCGAUAGUGUUUGACCCAGCAACAGAUUUAAGUGAAACGCCCAUUGUAGAUAAAAAAUGGGCAUUACAGGCAGCAGAAGGAAUUGUUCAACCAAUUCAAAGUACAGUCUACAGAAAAGGCCCAGCAUUAUUUGAAAUGUUAGAUUCUUUAAUUGGCGCUAAACGAAUGCAAAAACUUUUACGCCGUUUUGUUUUUAAUUUUCAAUUUAAAUCGGCAGAAACUAGCGAUUUUAUUGAAUUGUUACAAAAAAUUGAUGACGAGGAAAAUAUUAAAAAUUAUGAGGAAAAUAAAAGGGACAUUACACCUCAAAAUAAUAAUCUUGUCAAUGGAUCUAUGGCAGCCAACUUUCUUCAUUCUUGGCUUCAUUUACCUUCUUUACCUAUUGUUUUUGUUAAUUUGGAUAAUUUAAAUAAUUUAAUUUUAAUUUCACAAAAACCAAAAAUUAUUUAUUAUUAUGGAGAGGAAGAGGGGGAGGAGGAGGAGGGGAAAGGAGUAAAUAAAAAACAACAAGUAUGGCCAAUUCCAAUAUGGAUAGAAUGUUUAGAAGGGACUUUUCCUGAACAAUUAUUUUGGUUAAAUGAUAAUAAAGGUAAAAGAAAUCGGAAAAAUUAAAAAUUAAAAUGAAAUAAUUUGA